AUGGCUAUCGCACCCCCACCUCGACCCGCACCACCUCUUCGACGACGGGCGUUCCACGGCACGCUCGUGCACGCCCUGUCGCUCACCGACACCGAGUACCUGCACGAUGCCCUCCUCGGCGUCGACGAGGCGGGCGUGAUCGCGUUCGUCGACAAGGGCGUCUCGUCGGACAAGGUCGAGGAGCGGUUGGAUGAGCGCGGGUGGGCGCAGGCGCAGGUCGUUCGGCUCGCAAAGGGCGAGCUCAUCGACACGCACGUCCACGGGCCCCAGUUCGUCAACCUGUCGUACGGCCAAGAAUUCGAGCUCCUCGACUGGCUCGACCAGGUCACGUUCCCGGCCGAGGCCAAGUUCAAGGACGUCGCGUACGCCCGCCGCACCUACGAGGACGUCGUCGACCGCCUCAUCAACAGCGGCACGACGACCGCCUGCCUGUACGGCACCCUGCAUCACCAGAGCUCCAAGAUCCUCGCCGCCGUCUGUCACCGGCGAGGGCAGCGCGCGUUCGUCGGCAAGUGCAACAUGGACCGCAACAGCCCGCCGAGCUACUCGGAGAGCUCGACGGAGCGCUCGCUCGCCAAUACGGAGGACUACGUCGCCUUCGUCCGCGAGCACUGCAACUCGCCCUGUCCGCCUUCUUCCGCCAUCACGUCGAGCAAGCGCUCCAGCGCGCCGACAUCGCUCGUCCAGCCGAUCCUCACGCCCCGGUUCGCCAUCUCGUGCACCGACGAGUGCCUGCAGGGCCUCGGCGACAUGAUGGACCGCGACGAGCACCUCCCGCUCCAGACGCACCUCGCCGAGAACCCGUCCGAGGUCGAGUUUGCCAUGUCUCUGUACCCGGGCGUCGCGUCCUACACGGCCGCCUACGACCGCUUCCGCCUCCUGCGCCACAACACCGUCCUCGCGCACUGCGUCCACCUGUCGGACGACGAGCUCGACCUCAUCAAGGCGCGCAACUCGGGCAUCUCCAUCUGCGCCGACAGCAACUUUAACCUGAGGAGCGGGACGGCGCGCGUGACCGACAUGCUCGACAAGGGCAUCAAGGUCGGCCUCGGCACCGACGUCAGCGGCGGCCUGUCACUCGGGAUCCUCUCGGCCAUCCGCGCCACGUCGACCGCGUCCAAGACGAUCUGCUUCCACAAGCGCGACUCGCCCUCGUCAUCGCCUUUACCCGCUCCCUCCCCCGACGACUCGGCUGUCGGGCCCGACGGCGUCUCUCGCCCCGCCGGCUUCUUCGCCCAGAAGCACCUCUCGCUCUCGGCGCUGUUCUACCUCGCGACGCUCGGCGGCGCGCAGGUCGCCAACGUCGACGAGCGCGUCGGCAACUUUCUCGUCGGCAAGGAGUUUGACGCGCUCCUCGUCCAGACGGCGCCGUCGUCGUCGAUGGCGAACGGCUCGAGCGCGGCGAGCGGCGGAGCGGCGGGCGAGGACGUGUUCGAGGACGAGCUGCGCGCUGCGCUCGAGGGAGGCGAGGUCAAGCAGCGAGGCGAGGCGUUCAACCCGGCGCUGUUGACGAGCGAGGACGAGGCGAUCGAGCGCGUCUUUGAAAAGUUCCUCUUCUCGGGCGACGACCGCAACCUCGGCUCAGUGUUUGUGCGUGGGCGGGUCAUCGGCGGCGCGCGACCGCUCUCGGCGUAG